AUGGUGGCUCGUUCUUUUGAAGACUGGUCCCCAAGUCCUGAUGGCACGCAUCACGUCUUUAACAGAGCUCUCGAAUGUCCAGACAGCGAUGACCGAAGCUACCGAUUAAUACGUCUUGCCAACAAGUUGCAGGUGCUCCUCGUCAGUGACCCAGAUACAGACCGUGCUAGUGCUGCUCUCGACGUUCACGUUGGCAAUCUAAGCGAUCCCGAUCAACUUGAAGGCCUGGCUCAUUUUUGUGAACACUUGCUAUUCAUGGGCACUGAAAAGUAUCCAAAGGAAAACGAUUACUAUUCGUAUCUUUCAGAGCAUUCUGGUUACGCAAAUGCGUUCACAGGCACCGAGAAUACAAAUUACUUUUUUGAAGUGGGUCAUCAAUGGCUCGAAGGUGCUCUUGAUCGGUUUUCUCGUUUCUUUAUCGAUCCUUUGUUUUCUGAGAGCUGCACUGAAAGGGAAUUACGUGCUGUUGACUCGGAACACAAGAAAAAUCUACAGUCCGAUUGUUGGCGAAUUGCUCAAGUUGAAAAGACACUCAGCAAUCCAAAUCAUCCAUGGCGCCAUUUUGAAACGGGCAAUCUUGAAACAUUGAUGGAUGCUCCCAAACGACGUGGUCAAGAUGUGCGACAAGAAUUGCUCAAAUUUCAUGAGACCUUUUACUCGGCCAACAUUAUGAAACUUUGUGUGCUCGGCAAAGAAUCCUUGGAUCAGUUGACAGAAUGGGUGGUUGACAAGUUUUCUCAUGUCAAGAACAAGAAUAUCCCUGUUCCUGAAUUUGAUGGUCAUCCCUUGACAACAAAUGAGCUCAAAACGCAAAUAUUUGUCAAAUCUGUCAAACACAAUCGAACACUGGAUGUCACGUUUCCUUUCCCUGAUCAAAACCCAUACUUUGAAAGCCAACCUACCAAUUACAUCUCGCAUUUGAUUGGUCAUGAAGGUCCUGGCUCUAUCCUGUCAUAUUUGAAAAAGAAGGGAUGGGCGACUUAUUUGAGUUCUGGUGGAUGCUUUGGUGGUCGUGGUUUUGGAUUCUUUCAUGUGAGCGUUGAUCUUACAGAAGAAGGUCUUGAACACUAUGAGGACGUGGUGAUGGUGAUUUUCCAAUAUAUUGAGAUGCUCAAGAAAGUUGGUGUCAAGAAAUGGAUUUUCGAUGAAGUUCAAUCGCUUGCAGCCAUCGAAUUCAAGUUUGCUGAGAAAUACCCACCAUCUCAAUACACCUCCUUCCUCACUCAACAAAUGCAAUCGGAUUAUCCACCAGAAUGGACAAUCAGUGGUACAAGCUUGUUGCGCAAAUACGACCCUGAACUCAUUACAAAGCACCUUUCAUUGCUACGCCCUGACAACUUCCGUCUUACUCUCGCCAGCCAAGAAUUCCCAUUUGGCAUCAAAUGCGACAAGGUUGAACGCUGGUAUAAUACCGAAUACGGCAUCCUUCCUCUCAGCCAAAAGCUGGAUAAUAUGUUGGCUCAUAUCACUCCCAAUGAUGCCCUUUCUUUACCAACACCGAAUGAGUUCAUCCCUACCAACUUGGACGUCAACAAGAUGAUCGUUGAAACCAAGCAACGCAAACCGGAUUUGAUUCAGGAGACAUCCAUGCUCCGUUUAUGGCAUAAGAAGGAUGAUACUUUUUGGGUACCCAAAGCCAAUGUGUGGAUCCUCUUUCGAAAUCCAUUGACCUAUGCAACACCACGCAAUGCAGUCAUCUCCACCUUGUACAUAAGCUUAUUGGAAGACUCUUUGAAUGAAUAUUCUUACAAUGCAGACGUGGCAGGUUUAUCGUAUCACUUCUCUACAGACCCUGAUGGAUUGGAGCUUUCCGUUGGUGGAUACAGUGAUAAGUUGCCUUUGCUAUUGGAGAAGGUGGUUGAACGCAUGAAGAAUAUCCGUAUCGAGGCGGAUCGCUUUAAAGUGAUCAAAGAUCAGGUCCAUCGAUUAUACCGCAACUUCUUCUUGGAACCUCCUUUCCAGCAUGCAAGCUAUUAUUUGACAUACGCUAUUCGUGAACGCAUGUGGAAAUGCGAUGAUCUUGCUGAUGAACUAGCCGAUAUUCAGCUGCAGGAUGUGCAAUCAUUCUAUCCUACUAUCCUAUCCCAUUUGCAUAUCGAAGGAUUGGUCCAUGGCAACCUUGAUCAAGAUGAGGCGAUUCAAAUGUUCCGCACUGUUCAAAAUGUAUUGUCUGCCAGACCAUUGAUGCCGAGCCAAUUCAUCAGCUCCCGCAGCUUGAAUCUACCACCGGGUGAAUCAUUUGUGUAUCAGCUGCCUGUCCGCGAUAUGGAAAAUGUGAACUCGGCUAUCGAAUACUACUCACAGGUGUGCGACGUGACCGAUAUUCCCUUGCGAGCACGUUUGAGCUUGGUGGCCCAAAUUGCACAAGAACCUUGCUUCAAUCAGCUUCGUACCCGUGAACAACUUGGCUACCUCGUGUUUAGUGGCGUGCGUCGACAUGUGGGCACCAUGGGCUUGCGUUUCAUCAUCCAAAGUGAACGUGAUACAGUCUAUCUCGAGAAUCGCGUCGACGAGUUUUUGGACAUGCUCCGUGAUAUCAUUGUCAACAUGACACCUUCCGAAUAUGAAGCACAAGUGGAUUCGCUUAUUGCUGACAAGCAAGAAAAGUUCAAGAACAUGGGUCAAGAAGGAGCCAAAUAUUGGAACGACAUUGAUUUUGGUUAUUACGAGUUUGAUGAUGUGGACAAGGAUGUGGCCGAAUUGAGGACUGUUGAAAAGCAAUCGUUGGUGGAAUUUUUUGAUCGUUACAUCCACCCUUCAUCACCUGAAUAUCGCAAGUUGUCGAUCCAUUUACAAUCGCAAAAGAAGCCUCCUUCUCAGCCGACACAGCCCACUCAUACAGUUGAAUCACUGCAUACAUGUUUGACUUCUGCCACUACUCAGCAACCAUUGAUCAGCCUGGAUGAACUCAAACGUGCCGUGAGCACAGAUAUUCAUGCUGGCCUUCCUCCUGAGACCGUUCUUAGAAAAUUGCUGGUGGAUGAGCUCAAGGCCAAUGAACAAGAUAUCGAAAAUGUCAUGGGCAAGUUGGCUCAAUUACAUAGCACCACGACUAGUAAUGGACAUGCAAGCACUUCAAACCAACAAGAUGACCGGCCCUUUAGUAAUGGUACAACAGGUUCCGAUACGAAUUCGGGAAAGAAUUCCCCCACACGUGAUCACAGCCAACUUCCAAGAAACAAUCAAGCUGUCACUGACUUGAUCAAAUUCAAGAACCAAAUGCCCCUUUCUCCCGCUGCAGUUCCCUUCUUUUUAUUUUCCCGCAUUUAA